CCUCGUUUUAAAUCUUCGAACACCAAACGCCUCCCUUUCUCCGCUCCUCCCCCUUUCCCAAAACCCUAAACGAUGGAUUCGCAGAACCGGGCCCAGGACCUGGCCACCACCGUCCUGGCCGCCGUGGCGCCGCCCGAGAUCGCCGCCGCCUGCUCCGCCGUCGACUCCUUCCUCCGGCGCCAUGCCUCCGACCAGAGCCGCGCCUUCUUCUCUGUCGCCCUCCCCGCCCUCAUCUGCCGCAUCUUCGGCUUCGACGACGUCCCUCCCCCUUCCUCCUCCGCCUCCUCCGCCCCGCCCGGCCGCCCUGCGUCCACCGCCUGGAUCGACCAGGCCGCCUCCGAUCCCGCCCUCGCCGGCCGCCUUCUCGCGCUCCUCGCCCCCGACGGCAUACUGAUCUCCUCCAUCUCCGCCGUCGAUCGCCACGCCCUCGUCCGCUACGUGUUCCCCAUCGAGCGGCUGCCGGAGUGGAUUCGCUUCGCCCUCCAGAGCGACCGGCCGAGCUCCGUCCUGUCCGAUCUCUGCCCGCUUCUCAAAGGUAGGGUUAAGGAAGACGCGGUCCAGGGUUCUCCGUACCAGAUGCAGCUCAAUGCUUUCGAGUACUUCAUGUUUUGGUUCGCCUACUACCCUGUUUGUAGAGGAAACAGCGAGGGCUCCGACGCUAAUGUGGUUCGAAAGAGCCGGAAGUUUAGGUUGGAGAAAUGGACCUCGUCGCUUCCGGUUUUAUGUAGCAGCAGUCGCGGAUCUAGGCAGAAGCCCGAAUGCAACCUGUAUCUCCAGCUUCUGUACGCUUAUCUUCAUGUUUUUGUGCCAAAGAAUCGGUUAUCCUAUCAGCCCUACCGUAGCUCUUUACUUCAUUACUCAUUGAGCUACGAUGACACGGCGUUCCUGCAAGCUGAAUUCCUGGUCCACACUUUUGUGCAUUUUUGGAUGAUCGACAAUGAUUUUUCUCCACUUCCGAUGAAUGUUUGUCGCUCCUUUGGUUUGUCUUUCCCGUACAAGGCGGUUCUGGGUGAGGCUCCUCCUACCGCUGGACUAGGAGAUGUGUUGAAGGUGCUUGUGAAGUACUUGAACUGUGACUCAACUGUUUCAGGUACUGAGACUCGGCAUAUGAUGUAUGGUGAAAGUCCCAAGUCGAAGGGUUCACUGGAUGUUCUUAGCUCAAGAAACGUAAUGCUUUGCUGUGAGAAUUCAGUUGGUUCUUGGAAUGCAGUGAUCCAGAGGCCUUUGUAUAGGUUUAUAUUGAGGAGCUUUCUUUUCUGUCCAAUAGGGGCUUCAAUAAAAAAUGCUUCCCAGGUAUUCUAUUUAUGGAUGUCUUAUCUAGAGCCAUGGAACACUAGUCCAGAAGAGUUUUCUAAGUUUGACCCAGCCGAAAUGAAGAAAGAAGUAGGAGGGAAUGAAAAUAUCGAUAAAAGCAGCAAAGGGAAGCAGGGGAGACACAUAGACUUGCAAUACUCUCCGGCCUGGGAAAGUUAUGUUUUGUCAAAUUAUCUAUUCUACAGCUCAUUGGUUAUGCAUUUUCUUGGGUUUGCACACAAGUUUCUCCAUACAAAUGUGGAGUCAGUUAUCCAGAUGAUACAUAAGGUGCUAAAAAUUUUGACUUUGUCCAAGGAACUGCUGGACCUUAUUCGGAAAGUUGAUGUUGUUUUUCAUUCUAAACCAGCUAGACCUUCUGCAUAUUCCUCUAAUGAUGCAUACAAAUACAUUCCAUCAAUUUGUGAACAAUUGCAGGAUUGGGAGGAUGGUCUCUGUGAAAGUGAUGCAGACGGGUCUUUUUUACAUGAGAAUUGGAACCAUGAUUUGAGACUUUUCAGUGAUGGUGAAGAUGGGGCACAUAACUUACUUCAGCUGUUGGUGCUGCGGGCAGAACAUGAGAUCCAAAUUUCUUCUGGGGAUGUCUCAAAUAGCAUCCAGGCCCUGGAUGCAAUCAGAUCCCAGAUGAAUAUCCUUUUUGGUGGCCCCUUGAAAAAGCCACGUACAUCUACGUCUCAAGCUGAUGAUCCACAUCACGGACGUGGCGAGAUAUUCACCCCGAAACACCCAGGUAUCGGUCAGCGAACAUGGGCUGAUGUACGAUAUAAAGGUGACUGGAUGCGGAGGCCAAUCUCAGAUACCGAAGUGGCCUGGCUUGCAAGGCUCCUAAUCAGAUUCUCUGACUGGUUGAAUGAGUCUUUUGGCCUUGGCCAUGUUGAUGACAGUGACUCAGCAGGCCCAACCAUUGUGGAGUUUGGCCGAACCGAAGUGUGUAACGUGGAGGGACCAAAGGAAGCUCUCAAUAUGGUUCUCGCCCUUCUUGGUUCUUGGCUUAGUCUGUUUGGGAACGCAGUAGUUAGAUUCAUGAGGGCACAUCGGAUAAAGAUAAACUUGAGGGUGUUGGCCUCGAAGAAGUUUAUGAUGCUGCUGCUGUUAUAUGCUGUGUUCUGUGCAGCGAAGAAGGUUCUUUCGGUGGCUUUCGUUACGGUUGCUCCUGCAUGACUGCUUUGUUGUUGGCCAUUCCUGAAAGCAUACCACAAAGUAAAUGUGUACAGCCAUACAUGCAUACUUAUAUGCGCUGUUUUGCAUUGUAUCCUCAAAAGGUUCAGAGGAGGAGGUUCAUGCGAUAUAGAUAGAUUGAAAUGGAUGGUUUUCUUCCACAUUUCUCAAAGCUGAAAGCCUUUUGUUGUUCCUUCUCGUGUUCAAGUUCUUCAUUCAGAAGAAAGCAUGGUGUUUAUAAUUGCUGAGUUCUGUGAAACAUCGUCACUCUAAAUAUACGUGAGAGAUUUGAUCAAA